AUGGUGCAGAGUCUCACACCCGCUGACAUCAACAGCAAUGAUGCUUGGCGCAUGCUAACGGGCGAGAUUGGCAAGGCAACUGAAGUCCUGCAAAACAUCGAAGCCUGGCAGAGCAAGCCUACUACCACACGACAAGUCACUGCGCUGCCCGCUCCUUCACCACCGACAGAAUCACCAUGCUCGACUCAGCCCAACUUGAGGAACCCACAAAUAUCACUUCCUGACGAGGCUGAACUGACCGCUGAGGAUGGUCGAAGCUUGAGUUUGCGCUUCAGACGCUUGGAGCGUACCGUCGCAGGCCUGGAGGACACACUCAUAGAGCGCGCAUAUGACCUAGAGAUUGGGAUCAGCAAGAGGGUUGCUCGUGAAAUCGCCCCCCUCUUCAACCACGCCAACUUCGAUCAUGCGUCAGGCAACAGCGUGCCUCAGCACCCACUUUGGCCUCUUCAGCCUGCAGACCAGCCUGCAGCACCCACUGUACCGACUGUGACUCGCCCAGUGGUGUCUGCAUUGUCGAUGCAGGCCGUCACCAACCCAGUCCCCGUACCUGCACACACCAUCCCACCAAGAAAUCUUGCCGUCGUCCAGCUCGAAGAUGGAGAGCUGGCAUUUGACAAGACCGCUGUCAUGCGCCCACCGGCGGUGCAGUUCUCAACUGACGUCAGUGCUCUGUUCAGAGAGUGGCACUGCUCGACGUACCUGGUCGUGAAUGGGCGCGGAAUCCCCAUCAAGUACUGGGGGGAGGUGUACAAGAAAUGUGCGGGGGAGAACAGCAAGGCAUGGGCGCUGCGAAAAGUUCAGUGGGGGCAAUGGAAGUUCAUCGUCGAGGAGCGGUCACGUUUCGCGUCAGACGACGCAUUCUGGGCAGCAUGGAGUGACGCCAGUGGACAGCGUGCUGGAUACACCCAGAUCUGCGACACUCUGCAACGUCAGCGUGUGCAACGAGAUGCACAGGACGCCGCAGCGGCUCGCACAUUCUUUGGUGGCAGCCUCGGCCACUCAGAUGCCAAAGGGGCCUUCACAUACCUGAAGUCUGGUGUGGCAAGGCUGAUGAGCAAGGAUGUCGACGUUGCUCGCAAGUGGAGGGACUUACUUGCCGCAGACAGCGCUCUCGCCCAGCGCUGGGAGGAGACGUGCAGCCCUCGCUAG